AUGUCAGACGAACAAAAUAAUUUGACAUCGAGUAAUAAGGAUAGGCACUGCAAGAGGUGCAAUCGUGCCGAUGCCGAUGACGACAUGGUAUGUUGCGAUGUAUGUGAAUCGUGGAUUCACUUUCAGUGUGCUGGUGUUAGUGAAUCUAUUGCCGAACCGGAUAGAAGUUUUAAGUGCAGUAAAUGCAUGACUGAUUGGGAUGGCGAAUCGAAAUCAGCUGUUUCUUUCAAUGAGUCGUCUGUCAGCAAGAGUAGUCGAGCAUCGCAGAAAUUGCAGCUUAGUCUUCAACUUCUUGAGGAGCAGCAAAAUUUGAAGCAGAAACAAAUCGAAAUAGAACAAGAAUACUUACGGAAGCGAUAUGAAUUGCUGCUUCAGAUUGAAGAGGAAAAGGAUUCUAGCAAAUCAAGUCGGAAAAGUGGAAUCAGCGUGAAAAGAAGGUGUGAACAAAUGGAGAACUGGCUUAAUAAGGGAACACAAAUUGACAGAGCGGGACAGUCGGAGCCUAAAAUGUCUGAACAGAAGGUUACCCUGCCAGUACCAGUCGUUUGCCAGAAGAAUGAUGUUCCGGUACCAAAGCCAACGUCAUUUGCCUCGAACGUUCUUACUGUGACCAAUCCGAAUUUGCUUAAUCUCAAUCCAGGAGUUCCAGUUCCAGGUGGAAGUAUUAGUACCGAAUCGUUUGUAUCAACACCGGGCAAAACUACAGCAAAUCCGCAUUCGAUUUCUUCAGUAGUUUCUGGUAUAGUGAUCCCUGCUGAAGGUAGUUCGAUCACGUCCGCUGCUGUAAUGUCGACGAGCGUUUCGUUAAUACCCGUAUCUGUACCAACAAUUUCAACAUCGAUUCUGCCCAGCGUUACGGAUGCUCUUAUCCGUGCAGUGCCAGUCUUUUCAUAUUCACGAAUAAAUACCGGAGAAGUGAUCCAAACGAUUCCGCCAAUGUCUUCAUUGCAGUUGUAUAAAAGAAACGUAACUAACUCAGGACUUGUCUCUUCUGGAAAUACAGUAUUCACUUCUACUGUGCAGCAUCCUUCGAUUUCUGGUUUGGCAGUUUCCGGAGUUCCAUGGUUACCGGAAUUUCCCGUUUUGAGUCCAGUGUCUUCAUCUCCGCUGCCCGAUAGGAGCUACCGUUCGAUUCCUGGCUUGGCCACAAUCACUUCUACUGUGCAGCAUCCUUCGAUUCCCGGUUUGGCAGUUUCCGGAGUUCCAUGGCUACCCGAACAUCCUGUUUCGAGUUAUUAUCCACCAACAAGUGUGCCUGUUUCUGCUGUAAGGCCGGCGUCAGUACCGUCUAUUGUACCAUUAUCGUUGGGAGUUUAUGGAAAUAGACCCGAUGUUCCAGUUAGCGUAGGGCCGAAUAGUGCUCAGUUGGCGGCUAGGCAGGUUAUGCCGCGUGAAUUACCGAAGUUCAACGGGGAUCCUCACGAGUGGCCCAUCUUCUACAGUUCUUUUAAGAAUACAACGGAUGUUUGUGGAUACACCGACGCUGAGAAUCUAGCCAGAUUACAACGUUGCUUAGGAGAUGCCGCACUGGAAGCAGUAAGGAGUCGUCUACUUUUACCAGCGUCCGUGCCGUACGUGAUGGAUACAUUACAAAAGCUCUACGGUAGACCCGAGAUUCUAAUCAAUUCUCUUCUGAAGAAAGUACGAAACGUUCCACCGCCAAAGUCAGAAAAUCUGAGUUCCAUUGUCUGCUACGGGUUGGCGAUACAAAAUCUCGUUGAUCACAUUGUGUUGGCCGAACAACAAGCACAUUUAUCGAAUCCUAUGUUACUUCAAGAAUUAGUUGAUAAAUUGCCCGCUUCAUUGAAGAUGCAGUGGGGCACGUUCAAGCAAGCGUAUACGAACGUCAACUUGGCGACGUUCAACGGAUUUAUGUCAGGACUAGUGAAUUUAGCUUCCGAGCUUUGCAUUGAUGUAGUCUCUGUCCAAAACUAUCAACAGUCGCAGAGAACGGAAAAACAGAAACAAAAGGAAAAGCUAUUUACUCAUUCCAGCGUGCUGCCUAGUACGUCGAAAGACAGGUCAGUCGAGGAAUCUACUUCAAAAGCGUGCGCUUACUGUGGGAAAGACGACCAUCAGAUUAUAAAUUGUCGCGGUUUCAAAUCGUUAGACGUUGGAGGUCGGUGGAAGGCAGUUCGACAGAAGAACUUGUGCCGGUUGUGCUUGAUUCCGCAUCGUAAAUGGCCGUGUAGAUCGAAGAAGGAAUGUGGACAAGAUGGAUGUCGAGUUCGACAUAAUAUGCUACUACACAGUAGUCGCAAUGACGACGGAAAUGGUCAUAGGUCGGGAGAAGUCGUUCAUCAGAACCAUCAUCAUACGAAAUCCUUUUCGUUGUUUCGUUAUUUGCCAGUUACGCUGUAUGGAAACGGAAGAGAAGUAAACACCUUCGUAUUCCUAGAUGAUGGAUCGUCGUGUACACUGCUUGAAGAAGGAAUCGCUGCACAGCUUGGCAUAGAAGGAGAACCUGAUCAUCUAUGGCUGAGUUGGACCGGAAAGGUUAGCAGACAUGAAAAAACUUCAAGGAGGCUGAGUAUUAAAAUAUCCGGAGACGAACAUAAGGAAAUGUUUCAGCUGGCGAAUGUUCGUACGGUACGUGAGCUAGGUCUUCCAAGUCAAACACUGGACUAUUCAGAGUUGUCGGAUAGAUUUCCGCAUCUUCAACGACUUCCCGUAGCCAGCUACAUCGAUGCCAAACCUGGUAUGAUAAUCGGUUUGGAACACGUACGGCUUCUAACUAGCUUGAAGACAAGAGAAGGCUGUAGUAGUGAACCUGUAGCGUCGAAAACUCGGUUGGGAUGGUGCGUGUACGGAAGGAAUUGUGGAAAUGGAGACUCGGUUGAACAGUUACACAUCCAUUCAUGUGACGACAUGAGCAACAGCAGCCUACAUGAUGCAAUGCGGAAGUUUUUUGCGGUGGAAGAAGUAAUUUCGACGCAUCAGUUAGAAUCGGAAGAGGAUAAACGAGCCCGUAGUAUUUUGGAGGUAACAACGGUACGAAAAGGAAACCGAAUGGAGACGGGUUUGCUUUGGCGAAAUGACGAGCGGAAUUUCCCGAACAGCUAUCAAAUGGCGAUCAGCAGGUUGAGAGGCUUAGAGAAACGGUUAGCUAAAGACCCCGGCUUAUGGAUAAAAGUCAUUGAUCAAAUCAAAAGCUACGAGCAGAAAGAGUACGUUCGAAAAAUAUCGCCAGAAGAGUUAGCAAAAGUAAACACUAGGCGAACAUGGUUUCUACCUUUAGGUGUUGUGACGAAUCCUAAGAAACCAAACAAAAUUCGAAUGGUGUGGGAUGCAGCUGCGAAAGCAGGUGGAGUUGCGUUUAAUGAUAUGCUGCUCAAAGGUCCGGAUCUGCUCGUAUCGCUAGUCAACCUUUUGCUACGUUUUCGAGAAGGUAAAAUAGCAGUGUGCUCGGAUAUUCGCGAAAUGUUUCUGAGAAUUCUUAUUCGGGAAGAGGAUAAGUGGUCGCAGUGCUUCCUGUGGCGUGACAGUCCAGCAGAUGAAGUGCAGGUGUACGUAAUCAACGUCGCUAUGUUCGGAGCAACCAGCUCACCGUGUACGGCACAGUUCGUAAAGAACAGAAACGCUCUCGAAUAUGCCAAAUUAUAUCCCAGAGCAGCAGAUGCAAUCGUUUACAACCACUACGUCGACGAUUUUCUGGACAGUGUCAAUUCGGAGGAUGAAGCAAUAUUGUCGAACUCGUCGAAUGUGCUCGAUCGUCUGGGAGAAACCGAGUCGUUGAACAGCAAGUCGCUAGGUUUGGACAAAAAUCCUUCGUGCGAGCGAGUCUUAGGAUUGGUGUGGGUUCCGUCAACGGAUAGCUUUACCUUCGAUCGAUCAGCCGUUAAAGAUGUUCUAGGUAGCAAUAUUGUAACUCCGACAAAACGGCAAGUGCUACGAACAGUAAUGAAACUGUAUGACUCCUUGGGAUUCGUAGCACAUUUUGUGGUCCAAGGAAAAAUCCUAAUGCAAGAAAUUUGGCGUGCAGGAACUAACUGGGACGAACCGAUUUCUGAGUGCUUAAGCGAUCUUUGGAGUAGAUGGAUUGAGUUGUACGACAAGAUCGACGAAGUAAGGAUACCCCGAUGUUAUUUUGUUGGACCUAAGGAGGUAGAUGAAAUCGAGAUUCAUGUGUUCACAGAUGCCAGCGUGUCGGCAUGUGCAUGUGUAGCAUAUCUGAGGAUGUCGAAUAACGGAAGUUGCUGGUGUUCUCUAGUAGCAGCAAAAACAAAGGUUGCGCCAAUUCGUCCACUUUCAGUUCCUAGGUUGGAAAUUCAAGCGGCUAUGAUGGGAGCUCGAUUAAUGCAAACCGUAAGCUCUGCACUCACGGUCAACAUAAGAAGACGAUUCCUGUGGACAGAUUCAACGGUAGUUCUAGCCUGGCUUCGCUCCGACAGUCGUCGAUAUCCUCCGCUCGUGUCGUCUCGAGUCGGUGAAAUCCUUUCGCUUACCAGUGUUGAUGAAUGGUACUACGUGCCUUCAAAGCUCAACGUAGCUGACGAUGCCACGAAGUGGAAUACAGGAUUGUCGUUUGAUCCAGAAAGCCGUUGGUUUCAAGCCCCCUCAUUUUUACCCACGAAAGAGCAGUGGCCCAAACAGUCUACUAAAGUAGAUGAAGCGGAUGCCUCCGUUGAAGAAGUUCGAGUAGUAGCAGUACACCAGGCAGUAGAGGAGAUCGUUAAUGCAGAUCGUUUUUCUAACUGGAAUCGAUUAGUAAGGGCGAUGGCUUAUGUUUAUAAAGCAAUAAAUAAAUGGAAACAAUCUGAAAGCGGUAGUUGUCUUCGGCAGGAUGAGUUCAAUAAGGCAGAGGAAGCUCUCUGGCGCCAGGCGCAAGCGCAGUCAUAUGAGGAGGAGAUUCAGGCAUUGACGAAGGGUUGCAGUGUUAGUAAACAAAGCUCGCUGAGGUCGAUGGUUCUCUAUCUGGACGAUAAAGGACUUGUUCGGAUCAAAGGCCGAAUCGGAAAUGCAUCACAUAUUCCCUACGCGACCAGGUACCCAGUAGUACUUCCCAGGAACAGCCGAAUAACCUUCCUUCUUGUGGAUGCUUUCCAUCGACGGUUUCUUCAUGCGAACAACGAAACAGUUUACAACGAAUUGCGACAGAAGUUUCACAUUCCAAAAUUGCGAACAUUCAUACGCCAAGUUGGAAGAAUUUGUCAGCACUGUAAAGUGAAGAAAGCUGUUCCGGUGCCACCGUUAAUGGGACCGCUUCCCAAAGUACGCUUAACGCCAUUUAUUCGACCAUUUACGUACGUCGGUGUCGAUUAUAUGGGACCGUUCGAGGUCAAAAUUGGACGCAGUCUGGUAAAGCGCUGGAUAUGCUUGUUCACCUGUCUCACGAUUCGGGCAGUUCAUUUGGAACUGGUGCAUAGCCUUUCAACAAUCUCUUGUGUAAUGGCAGUCAGAAGAUUUGUGUCUCGGCGGGGCGCGCCUCUUGAGAUUUUCUCCGAUAAUGGCACCAACUUCGUUGGAGCAAAUCGCCAGUUGUCAGAAGAAAGGUCGAAAAUCGAGAAAAUAUCCAAGCACUGUGCCGCCACAUUCACGAACGCAGAUACGCAGUGGCAUUUUAACGUUCCUGCAGCUCCGCAUAUGGGUGGACCAUGGGAACGCAUGGUUAAAUCCGUAAAGGUUGCGAUGAAAGCUAUCUCAGACAGUCCCCGACAUCCAAGUGAUGAGGUUUUAGAAACUAUCAUGUUGGAAGCGGAAGGCAUUGUGAAUUCCCGACCACUGACCUACGUACCGUUGGAAGCAGAAGAUCAAGAAUCACUCACGCCGAAUCAUUUCCUGCUAUACAGUUCAAGCGGGAUUAAACAACCACCGAGCGAUCCUGUAGCUAAAGGAUACAUUCUACGGGAUAGUUGGAAGCUAGCGCAGCACAUCGUAGAUGAAUUCUGGCGAAGGUGGGUACGGGAAUAUCUUCCAAUGUUAACGCGCCAGACGAAAUGGUUCGAUGCAGUUAAACCAAUAGUACCGGGCGAUCUAGUUGUCGUCGUCGAUGAACAAGCUAGAAACCGUUGGGAACGAGGACGCAUUCUCGAGACGUUUCCGGAUAAAACCGGACAAGUAAGAAGAGCGACGGUGCAGACAAACAGAGGAGUGUUUGCUAGGCCGGCGGUGAAACUAGCCGUUCUAGAUGUCGUAAGCAGUAGCCAGAACUCGGAGCGAAUCGCUUCGGAAUCGGGGAUGAUUCACGGGUAG